UGUGACAUCAAGAUCAAGAACUAGACCUGUCAAGAUGGCGGUAAAUCCCUCCCUCACCGAGACUGACGUUUUCGAUGAGGUUUUGAAGUACGGCCUGUUUCUGGGGGCCAUUUUCCAGCUGGUGUGCAUUGGGGCCGUCAUGUUCGUGCCCAGCAGAGACGACAAGCGGGAUGGAGAUUCGAGCGAUGACGAUGGCUCUGAUCACGGCUCCCCGCACACCUCCCCCCCUCACCGCGGCCACAACCAGCACCACCGCCGCAAGCCUGACAAGAAGAAGAGGCGAUGAGGCAAGAGGGAGGUGUUGACAGUCCAGGUCCACACAUAGACUGUCCACAUAGAGUUGAUGGCCAAGAAGGAUAACAGCAAGAAGUUUGUAGUGUUGGGUCUUCUGGUGAAGAGAGUGAGUGGUCAUGGUGCCAUUAAGAGGUCCCAAGUAAGUGAUAUGAAGAACAAAAAAAUGUCUUGAUUGCAAGAUGAUAUGUUUUUAAAGUUACAUUCCUUGAAAAUAUUGAAAGCAUAGAAUUGUUUGGGAGAAAGGGCUACUUAAUGAAAAUGUGCAUUUUGAAUGUGACAAAGCUAUGGUUGUAUAAAAUUACAAGGAAUCCUGGCUAAUAACUGGUUGUGCAAUACUAAACUAAUUUUGUUGACUAUUGUUUACUUUUUAUUUGUUUUUAAUAUGAAGAAUGAAGAAUUUUCCUCAUUCACAACACAUGGGAAUCACUAAUGUUGCAUAGACUUAAGUACAUUAGGCAUUAUUCUCUCUUGACAGUCUGCAGCUAAGGUUGUGAUGUAGUGGCUCUCUGAAAGACUGUUCUAGUGUGUUGAACUGUUCAGUGCUUAGCGUCCUUUUGUUCACCUGCUUGGUUUGGGUCUUGGCAAACUAGUAUGUAUGUGUGUGUGUAUUUACUUAGUGGUGAUGUACAGAUGAUCUCUACUUGUGUGUGUGUGUGUGCGCGCAUUUCUUCUGCAUUGUUAUCUUAAUUUUAUACAAGUGAUAGAUCUGAAGCACAUGAAACUCAUUAUACAUUCAGGUUACACUUGUAGAAAAUUGUGCUGCAAGUUAUUGUAUAGCUAAUAUGGCAAGGGUCUGGGUCCAAGAGUAGUGUGUAUCAGGUUAGGGCCAUCUACAGUACAUCAACUGUAGUAAUAUUUUUUUUUACCCCUCUCAGAUACUUAAGUAAAGAAAAUUCAACAAUUUAGUUAUUUACAAAAACUUUAUCAGAAAGAAUUGACUUGAUUUACACAAGUGUGAGUCAGCAUGCUUGAUGCCCUUAUCUGGGGCACUUGGUACAAGAGCUGGAAUUUGCUCCAUUUACUCAGUGGCUUUGGUAUUGCCAACAUUUAUAAUGUUAAACAAAGCAAAUUUAUAGCAAGUACACAAUGGAUUUUUAAUGCCUUGUACUCUCUUACUAAGAGAUAGAAAAAAGAACUGAACAUGAAUAUUAUGUUGUUUAGACAUGAAGACACAAGAAUAGAAACAGUAGACUUAAUAAAUGAUAGAGUUCAGGUUAGUGUGAUGGCACUAAGAGCGUCAUGCUCUCGUUUAUGGCCAUGAAAACAAAGUUGCACCAGGCUUCAGCACAGUGCUAGACCAGGCACAUAGGAGGACAUCGUUUCCUUAUGUUGUGAUAUUUUCUGCUUUGUAACAUCACAAUACGCACAUUUAUAAUUCUGCUAAGAAAUUGUAAUGUUAUUGUUUUACAUUUAUUUUGACUGCACAUUGUUGCAAUUCAUAAAACUGAAGUAACUAGAACAGGGCAUUGAACAUUUGAAAUUCAUAGGGAAAACAUUAUGGUUAUGUACAAUACCAGGUAACUGUAUAAUGAGUUUCUUGUAAAGUUCAGUUGAUGGGCUAACUUAGUAUACCAGUAUUUAAUCUCUAUCAAUAAUACUAAGUAAAUUAGAUUAGCUUUCUUUGCUUAUUAUUACUUAUGCAAUUAUUAUCUUUAGAAUGGCCUGUAUUUUUGUUUGGCCAUUUACAAAAUGUUAAACAAGUGCAAAAGUGUUGUUACUGCAUAUUUUUUAAGGUUAUUCAUAAGUAACUGAUAAGUUACAAAAGAGAAAAUAUUGCCCUAUUUUUUAUAUUUUUUUAUUGUUUUAUGCCUUGUAGCAAUGUAAGAAAUGUUGUACUAAUUACAGUCCAAGUGUUUGUGUAGGGCACAGAUGAGGAAGUCCAGUUUAGAUUUAUGUCUACAUCCCCUCACACACAAAAGUUAACACAACACUUCUCUUUAUCAUGAAGAACUUUCACACUGGCAGCUGGUCUAACCAAUACACUUAUGAUUGUGUGAUUUAUACAAGCUAAUAAAAUUAGUGUCCACUAGGUUUGCUUUUUA